AUGACUGCUUCAACCCCCAAAUCCACUCCGGCUAAGCCGGCCAAGCUGUCCGCCAAUUCCCCCGACAGCAACAAGAAGGUCCCUGAAAAGGAUACCACUUGGUUCUUGAUUACCUGUAUCAUGCAGAGUGCAGUUGGCAAGCUUGAGAAGAUCGACUUCGAACAGGUGGCUCAAAAGCUGAACAUCACGAACAAAGUGGCUGCUCGCAUGCGCUACCACCGUCUACUCGCCUCUUACGGGCUCAACGGAUCUUUUGCUCCUACCCGGGCCGGUCAAGUUGUUGGCUCCCCAGCCGGAGAUAUGACUGCAGCUGAGCCAAGCACUCCUACUCCCAAGCGCAAGUCGACUAAGCGCAAGCGUUCGGACACCGAGACCCCAGAUCAGUCUGAGGUUGAUCCAACUGAGGUCUAA